AUGUAAUUAUAAAUUGUUUAUAUUUAUUUUCUUUUUUAAUUAAAUAUCUAUUUAUAAGAAGUAAAAAUAUGGAGGAUGACAACGACAUUACCAUAACAGAGAUCACCAACAUAAAGAACAUGAUUUAUAUACCGGACGAUAAUGGAAUAGUAACACCGCCUGCGUUAACUGUAUACACUGGCGAGGCACCAAUGAGAGAUGAAUGGGAAUGAAAAGACAGACAAGCCCCUAAUGCAACUCUUCAGAAGGCUGAUAGGGAAUGACAGCAAACAAAACACAGUACUGACAAACGCGCAAAUCUUAGAUAUCCUGCACAAAGAUUUGAAUACAGAAGUUAUGUACACACACGACUUGGAAAUUGAGAUCUACCUGAACGUUAUAAAGAAAUUCCUCAAAGAUUGGCCGCAGUGGGAUGAGUUCGACAAAUCCGUGAACUUGUUAAUGUCGAAAGGCGAUAUAGAAGCUACUAAGAAACUUCUAGACGUGAAGUAUAAUAAUUUUAAGGAUUAUUUAAAAACCAAAUUGGAUAUAGCGAAACCGCUCGUCAAGGACGCCCUAAAAAGGCUAACGCCGAUCAAUAAUGAUGAUGAUAAACCAAUGAAUGUGGUGAUGGAAGUGAACUGUACACGGUCGCAGCUGAAUAGGCUGUUCUUUAGGCGGCCCAACACCGCUUACAAGAAUACAAUAUUCAACAUUGUGGAAGGGCCAUCGAAGAUAUUACUGAAUAGUAUAUCAGUACAGGCAAUGCUAAACUGGUUCCAUGUGAAAGUGGAUAUAAAUUUACCGUUUUUCACAUAUCGCUCCGGUAUGACACACAUAUUAAAACAUAUUUUAGUUAAUAAAAAGUUGAACAUCACACUUGAAAAUGAGAAGGAACUAAGUCUGCAGUUGCAGAGGAGUGCGAACAGGAAGAACUCAUCGUUUGUCAAAUUGGACGAUGUUUUAUAUGUAUUAGAUGGGAUAUUAAGUAAUAUGCCACAAGAUUAUAUGAAUAGAGAGUUAAUAGUAGCUUUAAUUAAUCAAAUACAAACGGAUUUGCAGAAAAAUCACCCGUCUGUCGGUCUAUAUUUGACGUACUAUAGGAAAUAUUUGAACAAGUAUCCGUAUGUUAGAUAUUUGUACGCCGAAGUGCCAGGUGUUAGUAGUACCGUUAAUAAAUAUGAUUUGCAGUUACAGGAGACUGUGUAUCCCAUUGUGUAUUAUGAGAUUGGCAAGUUUGCUAGAUCAGAGAUGAGAAAUAAGAUGUUUUUAUACUCCCAGUGGGUGAAAUGUGAAUGUAUUUUGUGUAAUAAGACAUUUUCAGGGUUGGACAUGACGGAGAAAUUGAAACAACAUAUUCUGGAAUAUCACUUUGACGAACCUGAUUGGCAGUGUACAAAUUGUAAAUCCGUAUUCUCUAUGAUAAAUUUAACUGAACGUAGAUGGGAGCAUCAGUGUUAACUGUAUUCCACUAGAUACUAGCUGUUCUCCACGACUUUGCCUGCGUGCUUCGAUCUAUACUAUGUGUUAAGUUGGGAUAUAAUCUACCCGUGUGCCAAAUUUCAUUCAAAUUCAUCCAAAAGUGACAAACAUAUCUUCACAAAUUUGCAUUUAUGGUAUUAGUACUUGUCAACUCAAGUAAGAAAUGAAAUGGGAUUUAAUCCCCCUUAUGUAUAAAACUUUAAACAUGUAAUAAAACUGUUUAAGCUAUUGCA